AUGGCCAGCCUAACGGCACCUUUCCAGCCUGGAUGUUUCGUUUGGUUUCCGUGGAGACGCGUGUGGUAUCUGGCAAGGGUCGAGAAGACUCGUGACGCAGGCCUGGAUGAUGUGGAGUUGUUGGUUCACGUUCACGGAGAAUCAAUGACAAAGGACAAGUGGUUAACUGUGCAUCGUGAUGGCACACCCGCGGCCGGUAUGCCUCCGUUGACUCUGCUCCAAGUGCCGCCCUCCGCGCUCACUGGUGUCGGGUCCCUGCCAGCCGUAGGGAUUUAUGUUCAACUUCUCGUAAUGGACCAGAAACUCGUUGACCUCAUUGCAUCCCGACGCACUCCCGACCAUUUGGAUGCCGUCGACGUUCCGACAUUAGUAGGCGUUGUGGUUAAGGCGCUGCCAGCACGAGAUGCGUCGCUGGUCGACGUCGCAUACCCAAUCGAGCUUUCGGGAUCUACCGCUGAUGAAGCACAAUGGCGACGCGUCCAGAUCGGCAACGGAUACGUGAGUUGGUGUCGUCGUGAUACCUGUUUGGCUUGA